GAAGAAGCUAGAGAUGAUACGAACGAAAACCACGUGGAAUAAAUAAUCUAAAAAUAACUCCCAUGUGACAUGAACGGCGGGAAAAUAAAGCAUUACCUCCACAAAGAAACCAGAACUUAGGAAAACAAUAUCAAGUAAAAAACUAAAAUGGCAGCAGAAAUAGAUCAACGAAUAAUAGAAAUACAGAGAGAAUAUCUUGAUUUCCUAGAUGAUGGAGAAGACCAGGGAAUUUAUCAGCAGAAAGUCAGAGACAUGAUAACAAACAACGAAGUGAGGCUUAAAGUUAACAUAAAUGAUCUUAGAAGAAAAAAUGCAAAAAGAGCGCUGUCAUUAGUAAAUGAGUCUUUUGAAGAGUGUGUUGCAUUCCAGAGAGCUCUAAAGGAGUUUGUAGCAUCAGCUGAUCCAACCUACAGUAAACAAUACGAAGAAUUCUUUGUGGGAUUUGAAGGAAGUUUUGGUGCUAAGCAUGUAACACCUAGGUCUUUGACGUCUCGAUUCCUUGGUAAUAUGGUUUGUGUGGAGGGCAUUGUCACAAAAUGUUCACUUAUCAGACCUAAGGUAGUGAGGAGUGUUCAUUAUUGUCCAGCAACCAAGAAAUCAUUAGAAAGACGCUACACAGAUAUGACAUCAUUAGAGGCUGUGCCAUCAUCUAGUAUCUACCCUACCAAGGAUGAAGAUGGUAAUUUGUUAGAGACAGAAUUUGGAUUGUCUGUUUACAAAGAUCAUCAAACAUUCAGUAUACAGGAAAUGCCGGAGAAAGCACCAGCAGGACAGUUACCCCGAUCUGUUGAUAUUAUUUGUGACAAUGACUUGGUGGAUAAUUGUAAGCCAGGAGAUCGUAUCCAGGUUAUUGGAAUGUACAGAUGUCUACCAGGUAAAAGGAAUGGAUUUACAACAGGAACAUUCAGAACAAUUUUAAUUGCCAAUAAUGUACAGUUACUGAGUAAAGAAAUGGCACCAUUGUUUUCUGCAGAAGAUGUGGCUAAAAUCAAAAAGUUUAGCAGACAAAAAAACACAGAUGUUUUUGAAGUUCUUGGUAGAUCUAUGGCCCCCUCCAUACAUGGACAUGAGUAUAUUAAGAAAGCUGUGUUGUGCAUGUUAUUGGGAGGCACAGAAAAAGUACUGGCUAAUGGGACAAGGAUAAGAGGGGAUAUCAAUGUGUUGUUGAUUGGAGAUCCUUCUGUUGCAAAGUCUCAAAUGUUACGAUAUGUUUUGUACACAGCCCCUAGAGCUGUAGCCACUACAGGAAGAGGAUCAUCUGGUGUGGGUUUAACUGCUGCUGUUACCUCAGAUCAGGAAACAGGUGAGAGAAGAUUAGAAGCAGGUGCUAUGGUAUUGGCCGAUCGUGGUGUGGUUUGUAUUGAUGAAUUUGACAAGAUGUCUGACAUUGAUAGGACAGCUAUUCAUGAAGUUAUGGAACAGGGUCGUGUCACAAUUGCCAAAGCUGGUAUUCAUGCCAAAUUGAAUGCCAGAUGCAGUGUGUUGGCUGCUGCUAAUCCAGUAUAUGGAAGGUAUGACCAGUAUAAAAGUCCUAUGGAGAAUAUUGGCUUACAGGAUUCACUGUUGUCACGUUUUGAUCUUCUGUUUAUUGUACUAGACAAGAUGGAUCCAGAAAAUGACAGAAAGAUAUCUGACCAUGUUUUACGUAUGCAUCGUUACAGAAAUGCAGGAGAACAGGAUGGAGAGGUUCUUCCUUUUGGAAGUGAUGUAGAUAUCUUGGCGACCUCUGACCCCAAUGUUGACAAGGAAGAUGAUGGAGAGACCCCUAUUUAUGAUAAAUAUGACAAAAGAUUACAUGGUGAAAAUAAAGGAAAAUCUGGUAGGAUAGUGAGUAUGCAGUUUAUGAGAAAGUACAUACAUGUAGCCAAAGCCUUAAAACCUGCACUGACCAGAGAGGCUGCAGAAUACAUUGCUGAUGAGUAUACAAAGUUAAGAAGUCAAGAUAAUGUACAGGGAGAAAAUCUGGCAAGGACUCAGCCAGUUACUGCUCGAUCACUGGAAACCAUGAUCCGUCUCGGCACUGCUCAUGCUAAAGCUAGAUUGAGUAAAACUGUAGACCUGGAAGAUGCCCAGGCAGCCAUAGAACUCGUACAGUUUGCCUACUUCAAAAAGGUUCUACAGAAGACGAAGAAGAGACAGCGUAAAGACAGCGGUGGGGAAGCUGGACAGAGUAGUGCUGAUGAACAGCAAGAUGAAGUGGAUGGGGAAGUCUCAUUUAAAAAGAAAUCGAAGAAAACAAGAGACAGACGACCAUCAAAGAAAGAAGGAGAAGAUGGAUAUGAUCCUUAUGACUUUGAACAGGAUGACACAGCUAGUGAGGACGAAUUGGUUGAAUCUCAAAAGAAGAAGAAACUGAGAAGAAAAAGUGGACAGGACCAAGCAGAAGAUCAAAUGCAGACAGAUUCUUCAACAAAAACAGCAGAAUUCGAUGAAAAACGAUUGAAAAUGUUUAGAGCUUCACUUUUCAACCUCUUUAAGUCUGAGCAUGCCCAGUCAGUGUCAUUAGACAAGGUUCGUGGACAGAUGGAAAAAGAACAUGCAGGAGAAUUCAGUGAAGAUGACAUUUUUGCCGCAAUUGAAAAAAUGAUGGAGUCAAAUCAAGUCAUGUUAGCAGACGACGUUGUUUUCUUAAUUUAAACUCGAGAAUUUCAAAUGUGCUAUUAUAACUGAAAGUGUUUAUGGAGUCUGAACCCAACAACCUGAUACAAUUUCCAUAGAUAUCAUAAACAAUGAAAUUUCAAAAAUCAACUUUUUGCAAUGAAAUUUUUACUAGUUGAAUUUAAUCUGAUGAAAUUAUAAAUUAUGUGAUAGAAAAAUGAAUUUGCAAGUAUACUGAUUGAAUUAUGAAUUUUUACAUAAAGAUGUUUACUUUAAUUUUGGCUAUAUUGUAAAUGUGUACAUACAAAUAUACAGAUAUCAGAAUAAGUA